CAACAACGUUAUCCGAGUCGCCUAUUUACCUGCCAGUAGUCGCCAUAACUUGGACAGGCGUACAUAUGAACGAAUGUUUGUUAUCAUGAGCGCCCAUGCCAGUGCUACUGAGUAUUAUAAAAUGCGCUUAUAACAACAUGGUGACUGACGUUUUCUCCGUCCUCCAUAGUUCAAUACAGACUCGAACCUUUCGGGGUUGACAAUCCUAAAACCUUCAAGCCUGAAGCACACCUUACUACUGACUAGGCCGUUCCCGUAGAUAGGCGGUGCAUUCACUAGCGAAGGAAACAAUGCAGACGAUCAGUCAGGACUUGACAGAAACGCGUCAAACGAUUUAUGUUGGGAUCGUAGGUUUCACCAUAUUGAUUUGGGAUCACCUCGUUACCAGUGGAGAUGAGAUUGAAUUUAUCUGGCAAGGCCGUAAAGGGAUCUUUGUAUACUUGUUUCUACUGAACCGAUACCUCACUCCUCUCGGCUUUAUCGUUAAUCUGGUUGCAUACAACCUACCUUCAUGGGACUACGCAAGUUGCCUGCAUUUUGUCCGAUACGAAGGGGCCAUGACAGCUAUAGGAAUUGAGAUAGUCGGGCUAAUGAUGCUGAUAAGGGUCAUUGCAAUGUAUAGAUAUCAACGGGCUGCCAUUGUGUUGGCUGUAUUCUUACUGCUAGCUUGGAUUGUAGUAACUGCGUGGUUAUUGAGUCAUGGUGGACCCAUUGUACACACAGACAACGUUCACUCUUGUACCAUGGUGUUCAAUUCCGGCAGUGUUACUUGGGUUUCGGCCUCGGCUUCAGCUUGGUUACCUCUCCUCUACGACACGUAUAUCCUUGGUUUGACGUUGAACUGCACGCUUCCUUUGAUCCGCAAUAAAGAAGCGGGUCAUGUUAUUCGUACUCUCGUCGCAGACGGAUUACUGUAUUACAGCGUCAUCUGCACCGUAAAUCUGGUAUUGACUAUCAUGAUCAUUAGGGCUCCUGAGGGGGUGAAAAAUAUCGCCGCACAGCUUGAACUUGUUCUCACUGUCACAAUGAUGUCAAGGAUCACUCUGAACCUCAAGAAGCAAGCAUAUUAUGGACCUAGUCCCCUUCACUCGCGAGUGGACAGUAUUAUCCUGACUACACGUAAUCAUGCCAUAUCAACACCUUCAGGAGAAGUUGUCGUUCUCAGCCAAUUGCGGUCACAUUCUGUCCCAUCCGCGGCGCACCUCGAGUUCAGCAGCCGUGCGCGAUCUGGCUCGACAAGUUCUCUUACCCCCACUGUGCAGGCCAUCACUUUCGCAGAAAAUCCAUCGAUACCCAUUACUCGGUCUCGUUCGAGCAAGAUAUAUUUCGCCACCGAUGUCUCAUCUGCCCAAACUACCGCAGGUGUUAGUCCAGUUUUCGAGCAUACCGACCGGCCUUCAGCCUCAAAUUCCGACUGGUGGAAUACUGCUGACAUUGUAUAAUCUAAAUCAUAUUACUGCUUCUCCACCUAGACAAUAGUUCAUGUCUGUCACAGUCUCGCUUUGUACGUUGUGAUGACUAUUCUGAAGAUUGCGAAAACGGAGACGCCAAUCUUCUCUCGGUUCGGGUGGAGUGACGUCUUCAAAGGACCGCUCCAGUCUCUUGGUGUGCGCUACUAAUGUACUUGAACAAGGGGAUGCAAGUGAGACUCGGACCAUGUACAUGAGUCAAAUAUAGAUGAGGUUGCCUAUGUAAGUUCGAUAUGGCGCAU